AUGGCGGAGCUCAGCCAAGGCGUCGGCAUCGUCGAAACCGCUCUCACCCAAGAGCCACCAUUCUGGGAGACGUUCGAGCAAAUUUCCAUCGACAAUUGGCCGGUUUGGGUGUUGGGACGAGCCAUCGAAAAGGCGGAGGGCGUCGACGAGCUCAAACAAUACAUUCGAUCGCGAUUCUGGUUCACGUAUCGCAAGAAUUUCUCGCCGAUCGGCGGCAUCGGGCCAACCAGCGAUCAAGGAUGGGGUUGCAUGCUGCGAUGCGCUCAAAUGCUUCUCGGCGAGACGCUUUUGCGUCGUCACAUUCAACGACACUUCAAAUGGAACAUCGACGACAAGUCGGAUGUCUAUGAGCGAAUUCUGGCCAUGUUUUUCGAUGAGAAGGACGCUCUUUAUUCAUUGCACCAAAUUGCGCAAAUGGGCGUGUGCGAGGGGAAGGCGAUUUCGGAGUGGUUUGGUCCCAACACGGCCGCGCAGGUCCUCAAAAAGUUGACGAUUUUCGAUGAAUGGUCCAACAUUGCUGUCCACGUGGCCUUGGACAAUAUUUUGGUGCGAGAUGACGCCGUCACGAUGGCGACGACGUAUCCGCCAGAAGACGCCGUCAAACUCAUCAUGGAGAAUGGAAAAGUCGACAAAACGCUGAAUAAGGAGCGAAAUGGGAGUUCCAGUGAUUGGCGACCGCUUUUGAUAAUGAUUCCGUUGCGAUUAGGUCUCACGUCGAUCAACGAAUGCUAUUUAUCCGCGAUUCAGGGGUUCUUCAAAAUACCGCAAUGCGUCGGCAUCAUCGGCGGCCGUCCGAAUCACGCGCUCUACUUCGUCGGCGUCUCCGGCAGCAAGUUGUUCUAUCUCGAUCCGCAUUAUUGUCGGCCGAAGACCGCCACGACGGCGAAGCCAUUCACCGAGCAGAAGAAGACGACGACGAAGGAGGCGCCGGCGGCGGAGGCGCGAAGCGAUGACGACGGCUUCAGCAAAUUGGAGGAUCUCGAGCCGCUGCCAUCGCAGACGUCGGAUUUCUACACGAAAAUGGACGACGCCACCUAUCAUUGCCAAAUGCUGCUCUGGAUGGAAUAUGAAUCGAUUGAUCCGUCGUUGGCGUUGGCAAUGUUCUGCGAAACUCGCGAAAAUUUCGACGAGCUUUGUGAGAAUCUCAAAAAGAAUGUUCUUCCAUCGUCGAAACCGCCCAUGUUUGAGCUGUUAGAUAGAAGGCCGAGCUAUUGGCCGCCGUUCGAGCCGUAUAUGGGUGUGAACAUGAAAAUCGAGUUGAAAGAAUUUGACGAGAUUGAGAAUCGCGAUGACGAUUUCGAGGUUUUGGAAUUGUGA